AUGGCCUCAGGUCUAAUCCUAAACCCUCACCUCCUCCUCCAAACCCUCCCAUUAGCAACAAGCACGGGAACUCUGGCGCACGCCCUACUAGAACUAACAACAACCACCGGCUUCCUCCUCCCCUCUCUACAACCCACUUCGGACAAAAUCCUACCAAAAUGGUACUCCCACGUCUUCAAUCGCGCAGUAUGGACAGUUCUCGCGCUGAAUCUGGGCACGAUAACCUCAGCCGCUGGCACGCUGUUCUUGAAUCACUAUUACCCACGCAAGCCGCUGCAGACAACGGCAUUUUACUGGAUCGGGCUGGCGGGUGCGAUUGGACAUUUGGUUUUCGUGCCGUUUGUCGUCGGCCCCGUUAAGAGGAUUGUGGAUGAUGUUGGUGUUAAGGAGGAUAUGGGGGAGAGUGGGGUUGGUGCGUCUGUUGAUAUGGCGCGUUGGGUGGGGGUUCAUCGGGUUCGGAUGGUCGUUGCGGAUUUACCGGCUUGGAUUGGCUUUUUGGGGGCUAUUUUGACCUUGUAA